UUCUUUUAUAGGUACAUCGAGUGGCAGUGGCAGUGGCAGUGGCACCUCGAUUUUCGAUGCAUCUGACACGUCUGUGACCCACAGCCCAUUCGAUGCCACUGCAUGGUUUGCUGGCCCUUAUCCAUUGGACUUCGAGCCCUGGUCAUCUGAAACAGGCUCCAUGCAGCCUUGAAACGAACCCUCGUCCUCAAAAGCCCUCUCUACGGAUUACCGGCGUGGAUGCUAGACAAUGCACGAGCACGGCCGGGGCGGAGCAGUCCAGGAAAAGAAGAGAGGGGGGAAGAAUAUCGCACUUUCAAGUGGCCCCGGUGUAUGGUAGUGUAACUGAAUGGCGCCCACCGGUACAAUGCUUGGGCCACGCGGUUGUUGGAUACACAUCAUAGCACAGAGACCCUUAGUGUGACUGUAGCAGCAUCCAUUUAUUCAUACA